UGAAAUACCUACGGAGUACUAAUCGAGGUAAUCGGCCAAGUCACAGGAAAGCCGACUACAGCUCUCGAGUAUGAACGAAGAAAUCCACGAUCCGAAAUCACGCCCAGAACUCCCAAUCGAAAUAGACGAGAAAGAGAUAACAGAACUCCAACAAAGCAUCCGCGAGCUCGAAGCACAAUACUUCGAUGCAAGUAGCAUGGCUCCGCUCUCCGCGGCCUCAAUAGUAAGUAACCUCACACCACAUCCCAGAUCCGUGUGACACAAACCUACAAAACGGGAUUAACACAUCGAAAAGGCCGCAUUGGCACGACUUCGCGCCUACAAAGCACCACCGUUCGACUCGGUAUGGGAUCUUCUCCCUGUGAGUCGACGAGCCGCAGUGCUAGUUCUCCUCUUCGCUGACCGACGAGGAGACCUCCGAGUCGUACUAACCAUGCGAUCGAACACGCUCCGGAAUUUUUCCGGGCAAGCCGCUUUUCCAGGCGGAAAAGCCGAUUCCCUCUCCGAGACGCCUUUUGAGAUUGCGCGACGAGAAGCGAGUGAGGAAAUUGGUCUUCCUAGAUAUGAUCAUAAGAUUCCUAGUCCUUUUAAGAUAGAACAUUUAUGUCAAUUACCAUCUAGUCUCGCCAGGACUGCUUUAGCCGUGCGUCCUUGUGUUGCAUUUCUGCACGCUGAUGAUACGAGGGGGAAAGAUGCUAGUGUGGAGGAGGAUAUGAUUCCUAGACUUGAUGCACGGGAAGUAGCCGCUGUAUUUUCCGCGCCGUUUCACAAUUUUUUGCGUAUCGAAGAUGAGGUAAGGAAAGAAGAUGAAUCUUUAUUGCCUGGGAAGAAAAGUGAUUGGUAUAAUGGAGCUUGGCAUGAAUGGCACGAUACAAAGUGGCGUAUGCAUAAUUUCUAUGUACCGAUCACGAACCAAAAAGUAUCGAAGCCAAAGGUAAGGGAAGGGGGGCAGGCUGCUAUUGCGGAGGAGCUUGAUGAGCAAGAGGAGCAGGGAUUAACACGAUAUAAAGUCUGGGGGAUGACAGCGAGAAUUUUAGUUGGUGAGUGGAGAAUUUUUGUGAGGUAGAGUGGUGGGUCGAACGUACAUGACUAACUGGAAAUAUGUAGAUGCGGCUAGAAUUGCAUAUGAGGAAGAGCCAGAAUUUGAGGUAUGUUUCUUAACUGUGAUAUCAUUCGAAACUAAUCCUUAGAAUAGCAUAACUCACAUUUUGGUGAUGAUGACCUCAUUGCGAAACUACAGAGUACGGGUCAUCUUGAAGAGAAGAUAUCAGGUAAAAAGGAUGUGACAGCCACAGAAAUCAUCGAUGCCAGAAAGAAGAUAAAGGAAGAGAAAGCUGAAGCAAAAAUUUAGAGCAAAUAGAUAGUUCAGAUUGUUUAAUAAUUUAU